AUGGCUCAGAUUCGUGGUGUUUUAUGGGAGAAAGCCGGGAGGGGGUUGGUUGAAGAAUUAAUGUUUAAAGGACGGGUCGAAGUGACUGUAGCUUUAUGGGAUUUUAUUCAAAACAGUUUGACAGGUCCAUCACUGAUUGAUGAUCGGAUCAAUGGGUAUUUAUUGGGUGAAAUGCAUUGUUCUCGUAAUUUUAGACUGUGGUGCAGAAACACAGUUUCAUUGUCUGAUUCUCAGUUGUCUUGCUAA